AUGGCCUCACUGCCAAGAACAAUGUGCAGAACUUCAGUUCUUUUGACUGAGAAACAGUUGUAUUGGGAAGAUGCCAGUCUGGUCCUUUAUGUUCACACUGCCUCCAUCAACCUCUUUGUAACAGCAUCUCCUGGUGCCAUGAAUGUCUCUCUCUGGACAGACAGUGUAACUGACAUGUCUGUCAGUUCCAGAGCCUUCUGCCCAUCAGUUCAGAUGAGAAAGCAAGAAGGAAAAUCCCUGGUUGUCCACAGUUUCACUGAGGAGAACCUGAAGGCUUUAGUUUUUCACUUUCCAGUUUCAAUUUCCUACUGGUGUGUGCCACUCCUCACUUCCCUUUAUGGAGCUGUUUCCCAGCUUAUAUCUGAGAGUCCAGUGGGGGUGAAAGUCCACAGCAGAGCAGAGCAUCAAGGAGGGAUCCUGAGGAGUCCUGUCCCGGUGAAAGUCCAGAGAACUUCAGCCACCUUCACAGCCACCAUGGGAGAGAAUGCUGGUGCUGAUCAGGUCAAGGAGAAUCUCCUUCAGCUGAGCUGUCACUUCACGUGGAGCUUGCUGUUUGAAGAUGCUGACAUACCUGAUUUGGAAAUGAGAAUCUCGGAGGAGGUCGAGUUCCUAGACAUCAUGAGCCCAGUGAGGAUGCACAACCUCCUGGCCUACGUGAGACACCGGAAAGGCCAGCAUGAGGAAGCCCUGCAGAGCCUGAGAGAAGCAGAAGCCUUGGCUAGGAGAGAGCAGUUGGGCAAGAAAAUGCUGGUGACCUGGGGCAACUGUGCCUGGGUGCAUUACCACAUGGGCAGCUUGGCAGAAGCCCAGAGCUACCUGGACAAGGUGGAGAAUGCGUGCAAGGACGUUGCAAAUCCCUUCCGCUACAGGAUGGAGUGUGCCGAGAUGCACUGUGAGGAAGGCUGGGCCUUGCUGAAGUGUGGAGGACGGAAUUGUAGACGAGCCCUGGCCUGCUUUGCAAAAGCUCUGAAAACUGAGCCUGAAAACCGCGAAUACAGCAUUGGCUAUGCUGUCGCCGCCUAUCGUGAAGACAAUGAUGACAAUAAUGUAUCUCUGGAACCACUAAGGAAGGCUGUUAGGUUAAAUCCAGCAGAUCCAUAUAUUAAAGUUUAUCUUGCCCUGAAACUUCAGAGUGUAGGAGAAAAUGACGAAGCAGAAAGACACAUUGAAGAAGCCCUCAGUAGCGAGUCCUGUCGAACCUAUGUCUUUCGUCAUGCAGCCAAGUAUUACCGCAAUAAAGGCUGCAUAGACCAAGCUCUCCAACUACUAAAGCAGGCCUUGGAAUCAUCAGGUGACUCUGGCUACCUGCAUUUCCAAAUAGGGCUCUGUUACAAGCAACAAAUGAUCCAACUGAAGACUGAGCCUGGUGAGCGGGACAGCAUGGAGGAAAAGGCACAACUGGCCAUCUCUGAAUUUCAGAAGACUGUGGAUCUGAGGCCCACGUUUGAGAUGGCUUAUGUUUGCAUGGCUGAAGUACAGGCAGACAUUCGCCAAUAUGAAGAAGCUGAGGCAAAUUUCCAGAUAGCGCUGAACAUGCAGAACCUUAGGGGGCACAUAAAGCAGGAUAUUCAUUUCCGCUAUGGCCGUUACCAGUUAUUUCAUCAAAAAUCAGAGGACAUGGCGAUCACCCACUACUUAAAAGGUCUACAAAUAGAAGAAAAGUCCUAUGCCCAAAGGAAACUACUCAAUGCUUUGGAGAAAGUGGCUGAAAGAUGGGUUCAGCGGAAUUAUCGACCUGUGGAGAGCACCAACCUCCUUGGGUUAGUCCACAAGCUGAAAGAACAAGGUCGUGCUGUGCUAAGAGAGGGCUCUGAGGCUCACUGUAUUGAUGAACCCUGAGUUCUGACUGCAGCUCACCUCUGCAAAGAUAAUGUAGUCAUCACUGAGAUUCCAUCCCUCCUCUUUGACUGCUUUCCCAAGAACUGCGUACUUGCUGGAAUCCAAGUACCUAAAUGCGUUGGCUCCUGCCACGUCU